GCUUUCACACCUGCUCCCGUCUCUCUCUGCCUGCCACUCUCCCGCCCGCCCGAUCCCCGGGAGAACCCACCGGGCACCGGCAUCGCGCCCCCCCCGUCCCUUCCACCCGCUGCGCGCCGCCAUGGACAAGGCCGCGCUGGUGGCGGAGGCGGACCCCGACGGCGCCGCGCGCGCCGGCGGCUCGUUCGCCAGCCUGCGCGCGUACGGGCGCGCGCUGGCGCAGACGCCGCGCCGCCUGGCGCGGCGCGCGUGCGCGGCGACGGCGCCCGGCGAGGAGAUGAGCCGCGUCCGGGCGCGCUCCGGCGCCCGCAUGGCGCGCGCGCUGCGGUGGUGGGACCUCGUCGGGCUCGGCCUCGGCGGCAUGGUCGGCGCCGGCGUGUUCGUCACCACGGGCCGCGCCGCGCGCCUGUACGCGGGGCCCGGCGUCGUCGUCUCUUACGCCAUUGCCGGGCUCUGCGCCCUGCUCUCCGCCUUCUGCUACACCGAGUUCGCCGUCGACAUGCCCGUCGCCGGCGGCGCCUUCAGCUACCUCCGCGUCACCUUCGGCGAGUUCGCGGCGUUCCUGACGGGGGCGAACCUGAUCAUGGAGUACGUCUUCUCCAACGCCGCCGUGGCGCGGAGCUUCACAGCGUACCUGGGCACGGCGGUCGGCGUGGACGCGCCCAGCAAGUGGCGGAUCCCCGUGCCGGGCCUGCCGGAGGGGUUCAACCAGGUGGACCUCGUCGCCGUCGGCGUCAUACUCCUCAUCUCCGUCUGCAUCUGCUACAGCACCAAGGAGAGCUCGUUGGUGAACCUGGUCCUGACGGUCGUGCACGUGGCGUUCAUCCUCUUCGUCAUCGCGAUGGGGUUCAGGCACGGCGACGCGCGCAACCUGAGCCGCCCCGCCGACCCGUCCCGGAACCCCGGCGGCUUCUUCCCGCACGGCGCGGCGGGGGUGUUCGACGGCGCCGCCGCGGUGUACCUGAGCUACAUCGGCUACGACGCCGUGUCCACCAUGGCUGAGGAGGUGGAGCGCCCCGCGCGCGACAUCCCCGCCGGCGUCUCGGGCUCCGUCGUCGUCGUCACCGCGCUCUACUGCCUCAUGGCCGCCUCCAUGUCCAUGCUCCUCCCCUACGACGCGAUCGACCCGGAGGCGCCGUUCUCGGGGGCGUUCAAGGGGAAGGCGGGGGAGGCGUGGGUGUCGAACGUGAUCGGCGCCGGCGCGAGCCUCGGCAUCCUGACGUCGCUGAUGGUGGCGAUGCUCGGGCAGGCGCGGUACCUCUGCGUCAUCGGCCGCUCCGGCGUCAUGCCGGCAUGGCUCGCCCGGGUGCACCCCCGCACCGCCACCCCCGUCAACGCCUCCGUCUUCCUCGGCCUGUUCACGGCGGCGCUGGCGCUGUUCACGGAGCUGGACGUGCUGCUGAACCUGGUCUCCAUCGGCACGCUCUUCGUCUUCUACAUGGUGGCCAACGCCGUCGUGUACCGCCGGUACGCGGGCGACUCCGACGCCGGCGACGGCGAGGGGCUCGGGCAGCAGCAGCAGCGCAGGAGGGCGUGGCCGGUGCUGGCGUUCCUCGGCGCCUUCUCCCUGAUCGCGCUCUCCUUCACGGUGGUGUGGCAGCUCGCGCCCGCCGGCGGCGGCGCCAGGGCGGGGCUGCUGGCCGCGUGCGCGGCGGCGGCCGUGGGCGCGGUGGCGGCGUUCCAGGCGCUGGUGCCGCAGGCCCGCGCCCCCGGGCUGUGGGGCGUGCCCGGGAUGCCGUGGGUGCCCGCGGCGUCCGUGUUCCUCAACGUCUUCCUGAUGGGGUCACUGGACCGGCCCUCGUACGUCCGGUUCGGUUUCUUCUCGGCCGCCGCCGUGCUCGUGUACGUGCUCUACAGCGUGCACGCCAGCCACGACGCCGAGGAGAGCGGCGGCGGCAAGGUGCAGGACGAAGGGUGCAAGGUCUAGCUAGCUAGCAGGGUGGCAGGCUGACGUUUGUAGGAAGGGAGCGAGCUCACUCUGCUCUGUCCUGAUCUACCUCCCUUCUCGAUGCUUUUCAUUAGGUUAUGACUAAUGGGGAUUAGUAGUGAUGAAUCUAUCUACCAUGGCCCGCGCACAGGUGUCGCGUCAAGAUCCGGGACUGCCACGCCACUGCGCGGUAAGUUGGCGACUGACUGACCGGGAUGACGAAUCCCGUCUCUCAGUGGCCGUUGGGGUGUGAUCCAGGACCAACGAGACGCGGAUAAAGCCUGGGGAGCGAAGCUAUCUUCCGGGUGAUGAAAAAGAGAAGCAGAGCUCACGGCAGUCAGGCGAAGAAGAUUGGGAGAUGAGGGAGAAUCAGCCGGCCAGUCAGUCACGGUGACAUGGUAUUGGGAGGAGGAUCCAGCAUAUAUAUCUUCUGGAUGACUCGAGGGAAAAGCUCCCUGAUCCGAUCCCCGCUCCUGGGGCCCUGCCUCUUUCUCCCUGAGCGACAACUCUUGUUCCACCUCCGUCCCUAGUCGCCAAGUGCAGGCCGGUUGCAGGCAGAUUCUACAUCAGGGGAGCCCCGAGCUGCAGGCAAGGCAAGGAGGGUUCUCCCGUUCGCGGGAGGCCUGCCCACGAGGCCACAACCAACCUGUGUAUGGGCCUUCCUAUUUUCAUCCUGUCUCUGUGGUGGGUCCUGGCCUGCUGGGCCUCCGAUUCUCUGAAGAGAGGAGAUUGAAGAUAACCUGGGCCGCUCCUUUGUCGGGCUUCGAGGCCCAAACACCAUCAUCCCAAGGCCCAAACACCUUCGUCUUCCUCGAGCCGUCGCGGUUGUUCUCUUCUCGGACCAUUUGCUCGUACCGUCGUCCUCCACCGGCUGCUCGGUCGAUCGGGGCAGUCCUCUUCUCCUCAGCGCGACACGCCACCCCGCCACGAUCCACGUAGAGGAUGCUUCGCCGGCUCGUGUGGCAGCCUUUGUCCGCCGCCCCGCGCGGAGCGCAGCGCUGGCGUUCGACGGAAUGCCCCGCCGGGAGAGGUACAGACUCGUUCUGCCCCGCUCUCUCUCGGUUGCAGAUACCGUCCUGCGCGCUCUCACGUUCCGUUUGUGCGGCCGCGUUUGCCAGGAGAUCGAUGUGCGCGAUUUUAAUAAGUUGGAUAAAAAGGUGAGUUUUUUUUGGGAGAGGUGCGAGGUUCCUUUUUUUUCUUCUUCAACGAUGGGCUUCUUCUCGUUUGCCUGUGUGACCAGUGUCCUGCCGCGGUGCUUAAUGGCGCGUCACGGGAAUGCCUUGCGGUGACCUCACGGGAAUGCCUUGCGGUGACCCCCCCCCCACCCCCCCCACCCCUGGUGGGCAGGUAUUUAUCAAAUUGUUAAGUACAUGUUUCUAGGAUGGCACCGCGGUCACUGGUAAUUAUUUUGAGUCAAGAAAUUUGCUCACGACAAAUAGGUACUUCAGCACAUCAAUAAAAAAAUGCCACCUUGCUUUUGGUUUUGUGAGUUUAUCUUCGAAGUCCUAAUAUGCCAAUUAUGAUAUAUUGAUAUACAAUAACUUCACGAUCUGCGGAAACUCUAUUCCUUCAGAAAGAUGGCAACCCAGGCUACUGGACAGCCAGUCGUUGUCAGAAAUCAAUAGAUUUCAACAUUUUAAGGAUGGAUCAUGGUCAUGUGGGGACUUCUGCCAAUUGAGAGAGGACUGAACGGGAAAGUGCAAUCACCUUCCCCUGGUACUGCUAUCAUCGCGUAGCAAAUUAUUGUCACGUGAGUAGUGACACUGCUGCUCCAAAGAUCUAUGUCAGGACUUAUAUUGACAGGUUCCUCAUCCAAGUCAAUAAUGUCAUGCUACUGAGUACUGACCCCAUUUGGUGUAAUAUCAGCACUGUCAUCUGGACUGUGCAUAGCAGAUGGAAGCGCAGGUGCGGGCCUGGCUCAUCUGAAUUCUGAACGGAUCUCCAUCUUGUACAAUAUUUCUCUUAUUAAUAUCAUAAGCCUGUAUAUCUGUAGGUAUGCAAAUUUUGCUUUUAUAGAAGUUCAUGUAGGAGUUGGAUUUCUUUUUCCCUUUGGGCUUGUUGAUCUUUGCAACUUUGCGCCUUAAGAGGAAUUCAAUGCAACUCACUGGAUAGUGUAUAAUGUAACUGUACUGCAGUAAAUGACAAGCCCUGGAAAUUUCUGUUAGAUUCUCCUCUGCUCAGAAAAGCUGGCUCUAUAACCACUAGCAGGGAUUGAAAGAAAUGGAAAACAAUGUAUUCAGAGGGCCAUUUAUCAGGUUGCUAGCCCUUUCUGGAGGACAAUGCUUGUUCAUGACCCUGAUGAGGUAGUGCCACAGUGGCUUCUUGGAAAGCAAAGAAAUCAAGUGACUGAUUGCCUGAUGGAUGUAUCAUGGGCAUUUUGUUGGUCCAGUCUGAGUCGGGACCCCUCUGCACUAGUUUGUGGGUCGGCCUCUGCUACCCAUUUUCCCAGGGGGGGCCAUCUCUUAUAUCUGAUGCAUCCUCAUCUUGGUGGCUUUCAAUCUUGUGAUGGUUACUUCUAGUGCCCCACCAUCAUAGCAGUGACAUAUACUCACAUGUAUUCUUUCUUUGGUAGCCCAUCCAGUGCUGUGAGCCUGCAAUGAAACUGCUAGGUUGAACAUCAAAAGAAUAGAACAGUAGAAGCAAGGGAGACGGGGGAGAGAACAAAAUCCCCAUGGAGAUAUUGCUUUGUUUGUUCAAGAAGCAGGCCUGGAUACAUCAACGUCACAGUUUUGUUGUUGACUGGACCCACACAGAUACAGAUGACACAUACGUACACAUCUCUGUUUGUCUCCCCUUCGAUCUCCUUCGCUACUUGAUGUUUGCUGAAACCUCCCACGCAUGGCUGUUGCCAGAUCCCGUACAGUAAGUAGGGUUUCUGGAAGCCAAGGAAAAAAGAAAAAAGAAACAGCAAAAGGCGACACUGUGGAGAUGGAAGGAAGAUUGCCCGGGAAACAAGGGAUCUCUCCACUUCCUUUUCUUUGCACAGGUCAAUUCAAACCUGUCACUUUGUGCAAGUAGUACUAGGCUGCUGCUAGCAACUACUUUGGUUGUUUGGAUUCUGCAAGCAUAGCCUAAAACUCCUCCUCAUGUUGUUGUUAUGGACUGCCCCUGUCAAAUUGAAUUCUAAAACUCGUUAGCUAUAGGAACAUCUAUAUAUGAUGCGUCUUAUUCUGAUGGUUUUACAGUGUUCUUACCAGGUAUUGGGAGCAUACGGGCUUUGAUGCAUGUAGCUGUACAUUGUCGUUGGUGUCUCCGGCUCUGGCUCCGGUUCCGGCCCACAGUCAAGGUUCACGCCGAACAGCCGGAGCCGCCGAGGUGGUGCUGAUGCUGCACUGCAACUCCUGUUGUAUCGAGAUUCUCCUGCAAUUGUUCAACAGAAAUGGUGUAAGAGUUCCGAAGCGCCAAAAUAUUCGAACAUUGGAAUGGGAAAUAGGAUCAAGAUUGGACCUGCACAAAGAUCUGCCUUCCCCAAUUUCUAAAAGUAUUUUGAAUCAGAUGGCUUGCAGCUCGGCCGUGCUCUACGCGAUCGUCGUCGUCGAGGCUGACUAAAACUUUCUGCGCCAAGCACGUCCAGGACUGCCGCAUCUAUCUGCGCCUGCGAUCUCUCAGAGUGCUCUCACUGGAGCUAAGUGAGGCGUAUCUUUUGGCGCAAGAGGAGAUCUUCUGAAUUCUGAGUCCCAGCCGGGCGUUUUCUUUCUUUUCUCGCGCACUGAGGAGCGAGAUGUUGGGGGCUCAGCUGGUGACGUGAUGGGGACGAGAAGGAAGGCGAUGAUGGGGAGAGGAACUGGUAUGCUCGGCGGACGCCUUUUCUUGCCGUGGCAGGGCGUCGUGCCGCUGCGUCGUCAUCGUCGAUCUUUUCUCGUGUCAGCGUGGGAGGAGAAAGAAAGGCUUCUUCGGUGGCGCAGGAGCAGGGGGACAAAGCGGACGCAACAAAGCAAGCGCUUGAGGUGAGGCGUGAGCGUGUGAACAGUGGCCGGAUCACUGCGUGUGUGUUGUGUGUACAUGACACUGUGCUGGUAUGAUGGGCUGAUGGCAGUUGCUGCCUUCUGAGAA